AAGGAGGGAGGGAGAGAGAGAGAGAGAGAGAGAGAGAGAGAGAGAGAAAAGGAUAACGGGCUGUGUUGGGUGUGCGGAGAGAGGACAUGAGUCAAAUUCAUCUGAACCGAGGCUUUCCUUUUAUUUCGAAGUCAAUGCUUUUUCUCUCAGGAUUCCAUUAGAAACCACGUUAAGAUUGCGUGUGCAUGUCCACGCCCUCUCUCACACACACUCUGAGAACGUUAUGGCGAACGUGUGUCCGUACGGCCGAUUCACCCACGCCGUGGUGCGUGGUAUCCCUCAGUCCCCCAGCGUGGGCGAGGUGGAGGUGGAGGUGGCGAAGUUGCAGCGGCAGUACGGAGUGUUAGUGGGGACCCUGAGGCAGAAGGUGGGACUGCAGGUGCUGGAGAUCCCUGCUGACACACACACCAACACACACCUUCCUGAGAGCUGGAGGAUAGAGGACAUGGCCAUCAUACAGGGGAACACAGCGCUCCUCACACAUCCGCUCAACCAGGAAAGAUGCCAGGAGGUGGAGGCAGUGAGGCGUGUCCUCACCGAGCUAAACCUGACCAUAGUGGAGAUAGAGGACGAUGGAGCCACACUGGAAGGCAGCGAUGUGCUCUUCACUGGGAGAGAGUUCUUUGUCGGUCUUUCCAAACACACCAACCAGCGUGGAGCUCAGAUCCUCGCCGAAACCUUUCAGGACUUUGCGGUGUCCACAGUUCCUGUGUCUUCUGGUACUCGUCUGAAGAACAUCUGCUCAAUGGGGGGUCCUGAGACCAUUAUCUUCAGUAAUAGUGAGGGGGCGAGGAAGACACUGAGGGUGAUGGAGCAGUUGACCGAUCAUCACUAUGACAUCUUGUCUGUAGCGGAGGACGCUGCUGCUAACUGUGUGUACGUACGCGGAGCAGGUGAAGCUGAUUAUCUGCUUCACCCCACACAGGACGAAUGUCCCAACAGUGUCUCUGCCUUCCAGAAGUUACAGGGCUAUAAGCUGCUCCCUACAUCGUGCAGUGAGGCGUCCAAACUCGGGGGGGCGCUGUCCUCUUUCUGCCUGCUCAUCAACAGGAAACUCCCAUACUAACUCCAUUCACUUUGCAAACACACACACACACACACACAUAGACUCUGUAUACAAUUUAUACAUAUAUGCAAAUAAAAAAUAAUUUCAUAAUCA